AUGAAUAAUAAUGAGGAAACAUCCCAAUUGCCGCCAAAAAUGGGUUUAUCACAGGUGGAAUUUAUUCCAAUAGGGAAACAAUUGAAGCCAUUAAAGCAUAGUAGUAGUAGAGGUGCGCUAGUAGAAGUUAAUGCAAAUGCAAAGAGAAUAAAUAAAAUAAAAAAAGAUAAUGAUUUUACGAUCCCCAUAACGCAAUCUAUAUCAAGGGUACGAAAAGAUUUGGAAGAUUCAGAUCAAAGUAUUUUAAAGAAAAGAAAGAUAUAUAACGACGAAGAUGAAGAUGAUGACGAAAACAUGAUAAAUAUUGAUCAAAAUGUCAAAAUCAUUCAAAAGGAGUCACCUUGGUUGAGAUUAGAUGAACAGGAUAAAAAUGAUCCCAGUAUGGUUUAUGAAUAUUCAAAUGAUAUAUUUGAUUAUUUUUAUAAACGUGAAUCGGAGCUAUCACCUUCACGUAAUUAUACCGUUAGAGAUGGUACUGCACCUUUAGUUAGGCCUUCUGUUAGAGCCAUAUUGAUUGAUUGGUUAGUAGAAGUUCAUGAAAAAUUUCAAUGCUUCCCAGAAACACUAUAUCUGGCUAUUAAUAUAAUGGAUAGAUUCUUAGCAGAUAAUAAAGUUAAUACAGAUAAACUACAAUUAUUAGCUGUUACAUCAUUAUUUAUUGCUGCAAAAUUUGAAGAGAUUCAUUUACCUAAGCUAGCCGAAUAUGCAUACAUUACAGAUGGAGCUGCUACAAAAGAUGAUAUAAAGACCGCAGAACUUUAUAUGUUAACAAGAUUGAAAUUUGAAUUGGCAUGGCCAACUCCAAUGAAUUUCUUACGAAGAUUAUCAAAGGCAGAUGGAUACGAUACUGAAACAAGAAAUAUGGCAAAAUUUUUACUAGAAUAUGCAUUUUGUUGUUCGCGUUUUAUAGGCCAAAGCCCAUCUUAUUUAAGUGCUAUUGCAUUUUUUAUAGCUAGAAGAAUAAAAUCAAAGGAUAAAAAAUGGGAUGAUAGUUUUAUUCAUUACAGUGGAGGUAUUGAUCCCUUAAAAAAUGAGAACUUUCGUUCAGAUUGCCAAAUUUUGAUGAAAGAACUUGAUGAUCCCUGUACGAGAUUACCUUCUUUAAAAAUGAAAUACAAUGAACAUGAUCCAAAUGGUAUUCAUGACACUGUGCUUCAGUUUUGUGCUAAAGAGAGCAAUUAUGACUUCUCUACUUUAUUCGCAUUGUAA